AUGUCGCAGCAAAAGGUGCUUCUUCUCGGUGCAACUGGCCAUACUGGCAACUCGAUCUUGGAGGGUCUCAUCGAACAUGGUAAAUAUGCGAUAGAACUAUUUGUUCGGCCAUCUUCGGUAGACAAGCCCGCAGUCAAAGAACUGGCCCAGCGAGGUCUCCCAAUUCGUGUUGGGAACCUGGACGGGCCAUUUAAAGAGUUGGUCUCCGUGCUUUCCGGCUUCGAUUUGGUCAUCAGUGCCAUCGAUGCUGGAUCGCAGUUGGCACAAAUCGCCCUUGCUACCGCCGCCAAAGUAGCAGGCGUCGCACGAUUCAUUCCUUGUGGCUUCACUACUGUUUGUCCACCGGGAGAUGUGAUGCUGAUUCGUGACGAUAAGGAAAAGGUCUAUCAGCACUUGAAGCAGAUUUCUUUGCCUUUUACCGUCAUUGAUGUCGGCUACUGGUAUCAAAUUUCGUAUCCAACCGUACCAUCUGGCCGGGUUGACUAUGCCACUCCUAUCAAACCCAAUGUCACCAUUCACCACGAUGGUCAGGCGCCGAAUCUGCUGACCGACAUUCGUGACAUUGGUCGAUUUGUUGCUCUCAUUGCUGCCGACGACCGAACAUUGAACCAAUACGUGUACACGUACGGUGAUGUUCUCUCUGAAAACCAAAUUUUCAGCAUGAUGGAAGAACGUUCCGGUGAGAAAAUCGACCGAAAGCACAUGACUGCACAGGAAUUGGAAGGCGCCGUGGACAUGGCUAAGAAGGCGUACGGAGACAACCCCACUAGUAUGGGUAGUUUGUACAUGCUGUAUGUGUCACAAUACAACUAUAGCAAGUAUGUCCGAUGCGAUAACUCUCCUGAAAGUGCCAAGAGCCUUGGAUAUCUCAAUGCUCGGGAACUGUAUCCGGAUUUCAAGCCGGUCACGUUUGGAGAUUUCUUGAGUGAAGUAUUGGAUGGAAAGGGCGUCAACCCGUAUGCUUAG